AUGACGGCGGAUCGAAAAGAUGACGGCAGCAUCAACACUCAAUCGGGAAUUUGUGCCAAACUUGAGAUAUCUGCAAAGCUACUUCGUCCUUUUCCAUCCACAUAUUAUUUAAAUGCAAGCAUUAACGGUAGUUUGCAUCAUGAACUGAUUAAAUUAUUUAGAGUUGAUGCCUAUAUAUGUAGUGUUCAUAGACAUAUAUCACACGAAGACCUUCCCAUGAGGGCAUCCACAUUCUCAAAUCGAUCGCAGUAUGCCAUGAAUCAAGAUCUGCUUGCGCAGCUACAAAACCCACCCAACAUGUCACGACGUGAAUACCCCAAGAUACAACGGGUGGCACAUCAUCUGAGGAAUAGAAAAGAUUUUGCCGAGUACUACUCUCCUAGGAUGAUGUCACUGGGUCCCAUUCACCACGGCGCAACCCAUCUGGAGUUAGGAGAGAAGUACAAACUUAUGUGGGCAUCCAUGUAUAUCGGAGGAGACCCACAAAGGGCCCAACUUCUGCAUCGAAAGAUCGCAGAAAACAUCGAGGAACUCAAGAAUCUGUACAAUAAAGAUGCGAUCGAUCACCUUAGCAACGAAGAACUGGUGCAGGUGUUGUUUUUGGAUGGUUGCGCUCUGCUUGAAAUCUUAAAGCAUCCAGACAUCUUGAACCCGGAACCCCUCAAUGCCAAGGUUGACCAGCUCGCUCUUGUUCGCCAAGAUGCGCUUUUGUUAGAGAACCAACUUCCCUUCCGAGUGCUCCAGCUUUUAAGUGAUGAGGUCCCCGGCACUAAGCAGUCUGAGCUCCUCAAACAGAUGGGCAACUUCCUUCGUUGUCAUCAUUUUUCACAAGUAAAACCUGGUCAGAAUCAAGCCGAAGGUGAUUCUUGUCAACAAUCUGUAGUAAUUGACACCGUCCCUGCUCAUCUUCUUGAUCUGCUGCGGACGACUGUGGUGACUGGCUUUCGUCAUGAUCAAAAGAAACUGAUCGCGAAAAGUGGCACGAUAACGUACAGGAAUUUGAAAGAGCUGAGAGCAGCUGGGAUUCAAGUGAAAAGGAGCGAGUCAGAUUGCCCCACCCAUAUCACUUUCUCCUCUGGUUGGAUAAGUGGAGAACUGAGACUUCCAGAGAUUGUGGUGGACGACACAACUGCUUCAAUAUACCUGAACUUGAUGGCGUACGAGGUGUGCCCAGAUUUCGAGAACAACUACGAGAUAAGCUCGUACGUAGAAUUUCUGGACUCACUGAUCGACCACCCGGACGAUGUGAAGGAGCUGAGGAAGGCCAAUGUUCUGCACAACGCCCUCGGCAGUGACGAGAAAGUGGCCGACCUGUUUAACAACAUAAGCACCGACGUGGUGCCCAACGCCGCAAUAUAUGCGUCUCUCAGAGAAGAAAUCGAACAGCAUUACCGGCAGAGACAAAAGACCUGGUUCGCUCUGGCUAAGGCUAAAUAUUUCAGCAACCCUUGGUCCAUCAUUGCCUUGAUUGCUGCUUCUGUGGCUCUUCUUCUCGCUUCUUUCCAGACUUACUUCGCUGUUUUCCCCCGCCAUUCUAGUUAG